AUGGCUUUGACGGCUGAUGUGAAGAAGGAGGCGGAAGCCAUCAUGGCUUCUGCUGAUGUGGCCAACAUGAAGGUGCAGAAGCUGAAUGCCCUAUGGCUGCAGCAUGGCUUGGCCUCUCACCAGAAGCAUACCCCGGAUCGUUUCCUGAUCCACCCGAUGAACAGAGGAGGUGCCAUGAUCAACGGGCACGAUAUGGUGGCGAAAGGCGAGCGGUUGCUCGCACAGGGGCUGAGAAAGGACCUCUUGGAGUGCUCGGCAGUGGCUUUUGCCAUGAGCAGCUCCGCCAGCGAAAGGGAUUCGCAGGUGCUUGCGAAUAAAACCCUUUCGGAGCAGUUCAGCACCAUCAUGCAGCCGCCAACAGGCAAGGAGCUGUUCCUCACAGUGGGCUGCUCGCACACGACGAUGUUCCUCAAGAACCUGGGCAACCUGCAAGCCGGCCACCCUUUGCAUGAUUGCAUUCAGCAUGGUUGGCAGUGGAUGAUCUUGUCAGAUGUUCUUGAACGUGAGCUUCCUGGCUUGCCCUUGCUCUAUAGCUCAGUGCUGAACAACACGAAUGCUGUUCAUGUGGCAAGUACGGAGAUGGAAUGCUUGGCUACCUUGAGCAAGUUCUUCAAGAUGAACCGAUCUUUGGAGGAGGCCAUUAAUGCCACGAAGCAAGGCGAACCGGUGUGCAAAAGCUAUUUGAACAGCAUUGCCCACUUCGCCCAAAGAUAUUGUGGCGGUACGGAGAUGCCGAUGGUAGACUUCCUGGUCGCAUUCAGCAAAGUAUAUGGAGAAUCCUUGCGAUUGGGAUCAGAAUUUACCAAGCUCAUCGCCCACUACGACUUCAAGAUGGAUGGCAGUCUCGCACCGUGUUUUCGCAUAGCAUGUGUCGCCACCCAAAUGUCCUCACCCAACCAGGUGGAUGGUGUGGCGAGAUUGAUCUUCAAGUCAGACCUUGAUGCUGCGAAGACGAAACGGAAAGCGGAGCUGGAGGAAGCUGAGGAAAGCCUCCGAGAUGCAUGGCAUGUGGCACAGUUGGCUUUGUACUUGCCUCAGGCAAAGAGGAACGAGAUCUUUGGGAGGUUCUGUGUUCGCAUGGUUUUGUUCGUCCUUCGCAAGCAGGGAAAAGGACAGGAGAAGAAGGAAUGGGCGAGUUUCAGCGCCAUUCGGGAUGCAUUCGCUGAGGAACUCAUGAGAAAGAAGAAUCCUUCGGAGGGGUCGGCUCCGGCAUCCCAGGGUACAGCAGCUGCAUCUGUGCCGGCAGCAAGCACAAAUGUAGUGAACAUGGUUGAUGCUUCGAAAGCGAGCAUCCUGCUUCUCCAACACAACCACUUGGAGGUUGGUUCCACUUACAUGAACGAUGAUCAUGGUAACAAGGUUUGGACUUUGACUGCAGUGUCUGAUGCUGGUUGCACGUGCUUGGGCUGCAUUUUUCAUGUCAUGAGUCUUGCAUACACAUGCAAUGGAAGCAUGCAUAUAUAUCAAACUUUAUGCUCAGGUUCGAACAUCAGCCUUUGUGCCAGCCAAAGGAGUCCGUGUCAGCGGAUGCUUCGGAGUUAA